GAAACUCAGUCUCAAAAAAAAAAAAAAAAAAAGAGCUUUACUUGGCUACAUGACUGCCAAGGGGAUGGUUAAGUGCAGCACACAAGUAGAAUAGGGCCCUGGUUAUCUGCGAUUCACCUGUGUUUAUCUGUGGCUACAUCUGAGGCAAGGAACCUGGCAGGGAGGCCUUCAAAGAAAAUUUUGAGGCUGUUUCCACUAGUGCAAGCCAUGGGAAGUCUGGGAUAUUGGAUCCUAUUUAAAUGCACACUCUGGAAGCUGCCUACCAGGUUGUGGUGUAAGGCCAGAAAUUAAGGCCCAGUGUGAUAUGUCACCUUGACAUUUGAUGAAAACACUACAGCCUCAGAUGGCCUGAGAGCAAAUUUCCCAUCCCACUUUGCUCCCAAGAAUAUGUUCUCUUAGCCAAAUGAACCCUUCUUAUUCAGGGAACCAGAAUAGUUACUUUGUAGCAGGUUUCAGUACCCUACCAAUUUUCUGAGUAAUUCAAACAAGCCAGUUCCCUCCUCUGGGGACCAGGGUAGCUUCUCCAUCUUGAUGCUACAAAGCUUACAUUCCACAGCACCUGGUUGUUCACUCUUUUCUGGAGUACUACCUCUAUAUGGCCCUGUGUGGAGCGUGGUAUUCUUUCACAAGCUGUGAGUAUUUGUCUUUAAUUAAUAAACUGUUGAUCUCAUUUGUCUAGUGUCAAGUGUCUUGUGUUUGGCUGUUGGUUAUCCACUGUAAUCAUUAGGUUAUCCACUCUUUCACCCAGGUAGCAUGUGGGGAGGCCAGGAUUUAGCCUGUGGUAUGGGACAGUGAGGUAGUGGUGGUUGUGGUAAUGUGGCUGUGGGAUCUGGAGACAUGAGGUAUGUGCAGUGUAAUGAAUGAUAUGCACUUGGAGAGGGAGUAUGCCUGAUGGCCCCACUGCCCCGGUUGAGAUUUAGGUAAUCUUGGUGAUACCAGAGGAAUGCUUGUCAGGGAGGGGUAGUUGCCCUUAUGCCAUGCCCACAGUUUCGAUACAUGUAUUUUUUUGCCUGCCUCUUGUUACUGGUGGCUGCAACCAGUGACCAAGAGGCCCUUAAGGAGACAACAGCACCAGUGGACUGCCUUCUCCACUGAGUUGGGGAGCUUCAAAAGAAGAAGAGCAUUGGGUAAAUAAAUGUGUGAGGGGAUGGAUUAUGGAUCCUGAGAGAAGGAACCAUUUGUGGUUUCAUCUGUCCCCAUCCUGGCAGGGUAUUGUGACCUUUGAGGACGUUGCUGUGUACUUCUCCUGGAAGGAAUGGAGUCUCCUUGAUGAGGCUCAGAAAUGCCUGUACCACGAUGUGAUGCUGGAGAACUUGACACUUACAACCUCCCUGGGUGGUUGUGGAACAGAAGAUGAGGAGGCACCUUAUCAGCAGAGCACUUCUCUACAGCGGGUGUCACAGGUUAGGAUUCCUAAGGCCCUUCCUUCUCCCCAGAAGACCAACUCCUGUGAGAUAUGUGGCCCAGUCUUGAGAGAGAUUUUGCACUUGGUUGAGUACCAGGGAACAUACCAUGGUCAGAAACUGUACACAGAUGGGGUAUGCAGGAAACAAUUACAAUUUACUGCAUACCUUCAUCAGCACCAGAAGGAGCAUGUUGGACAGAAACACUUCAGAAGUAAUGUGGGCAGAGACAUGUUUUUGAACAGCUGCACAUUUCAAGUAUCUGGGAAGCCCUUCACUUGCAAGGAAGUUGGGAAGGAUUUCCUGGCGAGAUUCCAGCAACAGGCUACUCACACCAGAAAGAAGUCAAGCAGAACCAACAGUACAGUGGCCUUUCACAGUGUAAAAAGUUAUAACAACUGGGGAGAACGUAUGAAAGCUUUCAGCUACAAACACGUACUUAUUCAGCACCAGGGAGACCUCAGUAGGGAAAGAUGUUACAUGUGCAAUGAAUGUGGGAAGUCUUUUAGCACAAGCUAUAGCCUCAGUGAUCAUUUGAGAGUUCACACAGAAAACCCUUAUACAUGUGAGGAAUGUGGGAAAUCCUAUAGGCAAAGCUCUAGCCUUAUUACACACCGAAGAGUUCACAGUGGAGUAAGACCUCAUCAAUGUGAUGAAUGUGGAAAAUUAUUUAGAAGGAAGUAUGAUCUUAUUAUACAUCAGAGAGUUCAUACUGGAGAAAGGCCUUACAAAUGCAGUGAAUGUGGGAAAUCCUUUAGCCAUAGCUCUAGCCUCAUUACACACCAGAGAAUUCAUACUGGCACGAGGCCUUAUGAGUGCAGUGAGUGUGGGAAAUCCUUUAUCCAUAGUUCUAGCCUUAUUACUCACCAGAGAGUUCACACUGGUACAAGGCCUUAUAUGUGCAGUGAAUGUGGGAAAUCCUUUAGCCAAAGCUGUCAUCUCAUUAAACACCGGAGACUUCACAUUGGAGAAGGGCCUUAUGAGUGUAGUGAAUGUGGGAAAUUGUUUACUUACAGAUCUCGUUUCUUCCAACACCAGAGAGUCCAUACUGGAGUAAGAGCUCAUGAAUGUCAUGAAUGUGGAAAAUUAUUUAGCAGGAAAUUUGACCUCAUUGUUCAUCAGAGAGUUCACACAGGUGAAAGGCCAUAUAAGUGCAGUGAAUGUGGAAAAUCCUUUACCUGUAAAUCCUAUCUCAUUGCACAUUGGAAAGUUCAUACUGGGUCAAGGCCUUAUGAAUGUGGGGAAUGUGGGAAAUCAUUUACCCAUAGUUCUACACUCCUUCAACACCAGAGAGUUCACACUGGAGAAAGGCCUUAUGAGUGCAAGGAAUGUGGAAAAUUUUUUAGCCAGAGCUCCAGCCUCAUCAGACAUAGGAGAAAUCACACCGGAGAAAAGCCUUAUGAGUGCAGUGAGUGUCAGAAAUCCUUUAGUAACCGCUCUAGCCUUGUUAAACACCAAAGAAUUCACACUGGAGAAAGGCCUUAUGAAUGCAGUGAAUGUGGAAAAUCCUUUAGCCAGAGUUCUAACCUCAGUAAUCACCAGCGAGUUCACAGUGGGGAAAGGCCUUAUGAGUGUAGUGACUGUGGAAAAUCUUUUACGUUCAACUCCAAUCUCCUAAAACACCAGAAUGUUCACAAGGGAUAAAGGUUAGGUAACAUACAGAGGGCUGUUAGGGACAGAGAAGCGUCCCUGCAAAAUUCGUAGACAAAGAUUAAAUAAAUAAAUGUAUGAAUUUUCAAUAA